CUCUCAUUGGUCUGCAGCAGCAGGAAGUAGGAGGUGGAAAACUCAGCUCUCUGCUUGUUGUUAUCUCAGCUGCAGGCAUUGCUGUUGCCAUAAUGGCCCAAAGGGCCUUACCGAAUCCCUUUGCAGACUACGACAAGUCUCUGGCUACGGGAUACUUUGACUCUUCAGGGCGGCUGACUCCUGAGUUCACUCAGCGUCUGAACAACAAGAUCAGGGAGCUGCUCCAGCAGAUGGAGAGAGGCCUGAAAUCUGCCGACCCCAGGGACUGCACUACGUAUACUGGCUGGGCAGGCAUCGCCUUACUUUACCUACACCUGUAUGAUGUGUACGGAGACCCUUCCUACCUCCAGGUGGCACAGGAGUAUGUGAAGAAGAGCCUGAGCUGUCUCACAAAGCGCUCCAUCACCUUCUUGUGUGGGGAUGCAGGGCCUCUGGCAAUUGGUGCUGUAGUGUAUCACAAGCUGCAACAUGAGAAGCAAGCAGAAGACUGCAUCACACGUUUGCUGCAUCUACACAAACUUGACGCACGAGUGCCUGAUGAACUGCUGUAUGGGCGCAUAGGAUACCUCUAUGCACUGGUCUUUGUGAACAAGCAUUUUGGAGAGGAAAAGAUCCCUCAGAGCCACAUUCAACAGGUCUCCGAAGCAGUUGUGGCAUCUGGUGAGAACCUGGCCAAAAGGAGGAACUUCACAGCAAAGAGCCCACUGAUGUAUGAGUGGUACCAGGAAUAUUACAUAGGGGCAGCCCAUGGCCUGGCAGGAAUUUAUUAUUAUCUCAUGCAGUCUGGUCUUGGUGUGAGCCAAGUGAAGUUACACAAUACUGUCAAGCCCAGCAUGGAUUAUGUUUGCCAGCUGAAGUUCCCUUCAGGCAAUUACCCACCUUGUAUCGAUGACACCAGAGACCUGCUUGUCCACUGGUGCCACGGAGCACCUGGUGUGAUCUACAUGCUUGCGCAGGCCUAUAAGGUGUUUGGUGACCAGCAAUACCUGAAUGAUGCCCUUCAGUGUGCAGAAGUGAUCUGGCAGUUUGGAUUGCUAAAGAAAGGGUAUGGGCUGUGCCAUGGGACAGCUGGCAAUGCCUAUGCCUUCCUGACACUAUACAACCUCACUCAGAACAUGAAAUACCUGUACAGGGCCUGCAAGUUUGCAGAGUGGUGUUUGAGCUAUGGGCAGCAUGGAUGCCGGACUCCAGACACACCCUUCUCUCUCUUUGAAGGAAUGGCUGGAACCAUUUAUUUUCUUGCUGAUAUCCUGGUGCCAACAAAAGCCAAGUUCCCAGCAUUUGAACUAUAAAGUCCUUCCAUGCAUUUCCCUGCAUGAAUCUUACCGUACUUCAUGGCACUGGGACAAGUGGAGCAAACUUGCUUGUUCCUCUUUCUAAACUCAUCUCUUGCCUAACAGAGUAAACCAAUCCUGUUGCUGACAUUGUUUUUAUUCUUUUCCAUGCUGUGAUUUUUGCUUUGUUUAGUUAAAAAAAAUUCUUAGCUCUUGUUGUUGACCUCUAAGCAAGGUGGGGGGGAGGGAAAUGUACAGUAUUUUGUUGGACAUACAUACUCAGAGUUUAGCUAUCUUAUGUAUCCGGUUUCCAAAGAGGAGAAAACAUGUAUUGGAGGUAACUUUCUCCAGUCAAGUUUGUCAUGACUAUUAGUGAUGGAAGCUUAGAUAAAAUUGUCUUAGAGGGACAAAAGAUAAUGUGUUAAGACUAUUAGCCUCUAAUUUGCCCCUAAAUAUGUCCGGUACAGUUAUCCAGGGGGUCGGCAGUUCAUAGCUGAGGUGCUCCUUGGGUAGGUAAUUGUAAUGGACUACAGAAAUGGGAAGAGUGUUUAUUUCUGCUUCCCUAGCAGACUGCAAGUGUCACAGCUAUAACUGACAUGCCAAAGUCCUGUCUUAGACUCUCACCUUUUUGCUUUAUAAGCAAAGACUAUGUUUAGCUCUUUGUACUUAUUGUCAGUGACGAAUGGACAGAUGAGUAAUCCACAAGCUAUUGUGCUUAUCCACCAUGUUACUCUAACCUGUGCAGAAGUAGAUCCAUGAGUCACAGCAAGUUUCUGCUUAAAAGAAAGUUAAUCUACUACCAAGGGUGAUUGCUUCCUUAAUGCAUUAAUUUUGGGAAGCUGUUGUGGUUUGUUUAAAUUUCAGUGUAAUGUUAUAGGUCUUAGGUGGAAUCAGGCCUGUCAACAAAUGUGGCAGACAAGGAAUUGAUUCCACUGUGUUUUGUCAGUGUCAAACCUAUUAUUAAUGUGGGUGCUGUUUACAGCUUUACAGGUUGUUAUCCAUCUUAGUUCUUUAUCUGCUUGCCUGAUAAGUUGGUACCUUAGUAACUUGGCUCACUUAUUGAACACUGUAGUCCGAUAUGUAAGUAAGAAUCCAC